AUGACAUAUUCUACAGUGAGUAUAAAUACGCCUCCCCCAUAUCUUACUUUAGCCAGCAAUGAAAAACUACCAACCGUUUUGUCCAUUGCCGGAGCAGAUUCAAGUGGUGGUGCUGGUAUUGAAGCUGAUAUCAAGACUAUCACUGCCCACAGAUGUUACGCCAUGUCAUGCAUCACUACCUUAACUGCUCAAACUCCAGUGACGGUGUACGGUAUUCAAAACACACCAAAGGAAGUGGUUUCCCAAAUACUGGAAGCUAACCUACAGGAUAUGAGAUGUGACGUCAUCAAGACAGGUAUGCUUACGGCUGCUGCUAUUGAGGUCUUGCACGAAAAGCUUCUUCAGCUUGGUGAAAAGAGACCAAAACUAGUGGUUGACCCAGUUCUUUGCGCCACCUCUGGUUCUUCUUUAGCUGGAAAGGACGUAGCCGGUUUAAUUAUGGACAAAAUUUCUCCCUUUGCUGACGUUUUGACUCCAAACAUCCCAGAGUGUUUUAAAUUAUUGGGUGAGGACAGAAUGGUUAACAAAUUAGAGGACGUUUUUGAGAUCGCCAAAGACAUUGCUAAAAUCACAAAAUGUUCCAACAUUUUAGUGAAAGGAGGCCACAUUCCAUGGGGUAAUGGAAAAGAAAAGUAUGUUACUGACGUCCUUUACUUGAGCGCCGAACAAAAGUACAUCACUUAUAAGGGUAAAUUUGUUAAUACCACCCAUACUCAUGGUACUGGAUGCACCCUGGCUUCUGCCAUAGCAUCCAACUUAGCUCGCGGUUAUUCUCUUCCCCAGUCUGUUUAUGGUGGUAUUGAGUACGUCCAAAAUGCCAUUACCAUUGGUUGUGAUGUCACCAAGAAAGCUGUAAAGGACAACGGGCCAAUUAAUCAUGUUUAUGCUGUAGAAAUUCCAUUGGAAAAAAUGGUCAGCGACGAAUGUUUUACUGCAUCAGACGUUGUAUCUAAGAAGCAAGUCAAAGGUUCUUUUGACAGAAUUCCUGGAGGCAACUUCUUUCAAUACCUAAUAAACCAUCCCAAAGUCAAGCCACAUUGGGACUCAUAUGUGAAUCAUGAAUUCGUCAAGAAAGUGGCAAACGGCACAUUAGAACGCAAGAAGUUCCGGUUCUUCAUUGAACAAGAUUAUCUAUACUUGAUCGAUUAUGCCAAAGUUUGCUGCGUCUCAGGUAGUAAAGCUCCAGGUUUAAAAGACCUAGAGAAGGAGCUACUUCUUGUUGAUUGCGUUCGUGAAGAAUUAACUCAACAUGAAAAAAGGUUAAGAGAGGACUUUGGAAUUAAAGAUCCUGACCACUUACAAAAGGUUGAAAGAGGUCCUGCAUUAAGAGCUUACUGCCGUUACCUCAACGAUAUCUCCAGAAGAGGCAACUGGCAAGAAAUAGUUGUUGCCCUCAACCCCUGUUUAAUGGGUUAUGUUCAUGCUCUAAUCAAACUCAAGGAUCAAGUGACUGUAGCCGAAGGGACUCUUUACCGUGAAUGGUGUAAUACUUGCUUAUCUUCAUGGUCAUACGAAGCAAUGCUUGAAGGUGAAAGGCUUUUGAAUCGUAUCUUGGAAACAUACCCUCCAGAGCAACUAGAUACUUUAGUGUCAAUUUUUGCUGAAGGUUGUGAACUCGAAGCCAAUUUCUGGACUGCCGCCAUGAAAUAUGAAUAA